UCGUAAUCCAGCGAGAUAAUAAAGAGGUGCAUCGAUCCUGUUCCUGAGUCAAACAAAAAUCUCACAUUGAAUUUGACGUCUCGCCUCACAUCAUCGAGAUUCAAUUCUUGUGUAGAUCUAAAAAAUGUGAAUUUUAUACCAAGCUAAAACAUGCGUCUUGUGAGAAAAUUCCAUUUCUUUCGAAUUGCGUUGGUGAUAUUUAGCAUAAGUGGAGUUUUAUCUCAAGAAGUUGCCCAAACUGCUGUUGAAGAAUCGGAUGACCGCUGUAUCGGUGAGACCAGUUGCUCUUCAUGCAUUAGCGGAGGACCCCAUUGCUCGUGGUGCAAACAAUUGGACUUCAAAGAACCAAGAUGUGACCGCGUAGAAGUUUUGAAGCAGCAUGGCUGCCCGACUGAGGAGAUUUACUACCGAGGAAAAUCUGGUUACCAGGUUAAAAGCGAUGCGAAAUUCAGCGAUUACCUGAACAACGAUUUGAGAGACCAAAUUAAAGCAGUGCAAGUCCGGCCUCAAAUGGCCGACUUGCAAAUCAGAGCAGGAGACGCUGUAACAAUUCCGUUGAGCUUUAGGGCUGCCAGAAAUUAUCCCCUUGACGUUUAUUACCUUAUGGACUUAACUUACAGUAUGAGCGACGAUAAAGAAACGCUAGCUGGGCUUGGCGGUGAUUUGGCAAACGCAAUGAAAAAUAUGACACGCAAUUUCCGUCUCGGUUUCGGUUCGUUUGUGGACAAACCUCUGAUGCCUUUUGUCAACCCCGCGCGCAUGGAAAAUCCGUGCAGCGCCGAGCGGGUUACUUGCAGUCCCGCUUAUGGUUUCCAUCACCACCUGACCCUGUCAAAGGAUACGAAAAAAUUCACCGACAGGGUACGGAAUGCGACGGUGUCCGGAAACCUGGACAACGCGGAAGGUGGCCUGGAUGCGCUUAUGCAGGUUUUGGCGUGCAAAAACGACAUUGGCUGGGCGACCGACUCCAGAAAAAUCGUGAUUUUGGCUUCAGACGGUAUUUUGCAUUUCGCAGGAGACGGAAAAUUAGCUGGCGCCGUUCGCAAUAAUGACGUGGCCUGUCACUUGGACCCCAAAACUGGACUGUACUUGAAAUCAAAUGAACUUGAUUACCCUUCUCUUGGACAAAUUGAUUCCUUGCUGCUAAAAAAUAAAGUGAGCGUAAUUUUUGCUGUGACAAAAGAUAGACUGGAGCACUACAUUAGAUUAAACGAAGUCCUCCUUGGUGCAAAUUACGUGGCUACUCUGGAAGAGGAUUCGUCUAAUAUUAUCCAAUUGGUUCGCCAGGGCUUUAAAGAUAUUGUUUCGUCAGUUAGUUUUUCGGACAAUGCUAAAGAUUUUCUUAAAAUUGAAUACGAAUCGACGUGCAAUUCGGCCGAUGGACAAAUUUUGAGCACCAAGUCAUGUGAACACGUGGAGGAAGGCAUGGAAUACAAAUUCUAUUUAACUUUCAAUUUAGAAAAGUGUCCCAGCGAUCCUCAGGAUUGGAAGCAAAAAGUGAAAAUUGAAGAAAGAGGUUUAGUGUCUGGAUUGGAAGUAAACGUGGAGCUUCUGUGCGGCUGCGAUUGUGAGCAGGAAAAGAAUAGUUUGACUUGUGGUGGGCACGGCGACUUGAACUGCGGGACUUGUGCAUGUCACGAUGGAUGGUACGGCCCUUCGUGCAGCUGCUCGGAACGAAACGCCACGUCCAUCGCCGAACUGGACGCUGGCUGCCUGUCCGCCGACGAUGCCCUUCAGGGCGUUGACCUUUGCUGGGGUCGAGGCGACUGCCUGUGUGGGCAGUGCGAGUGCAACGGGGCCGCCUAUGGUCGCUACUGUGAGUGCGACGACACGCUCUGCGGCGACUGUGGUCCCCACGGAAGGUGCGUCUGCAGCCGCUGUCAGUGCGACCCUGGAUGGGAAGGUCGGACCUGCUCGUGUUCCUCUGCGCAGGAGACUUGCAUCGCGCCCGGAGACACCAAGCCCUGCAACGGUGAGGGCAAGUGCGAGUGCGGCAAAUGCGUUUGCAAUAUUGUUGAUGGCUCCAGGCGAACGGGGUUAUUUUGUGAAAAAUGCGACACUUGCAAGGGUCUGUGCUCCUUGUACAGACCUUGUGUCCACUGCAAGGUUUUUGGAGAAGAAUGUCCGGAGGAUGAGACUGUAAACCCGUGUUUCACAAAUUCCAGUUCCUCGUACUUGGACAUUGUGAGGAUUUUAAAAUUGUCUGAGGACUUAGAGGAGGAACUUUGCAAAUUUGAGGAUGAAAAUGGCUGCAUUUUCCAAUUCAGCUAUCACUUGGACAAAAAUAGGAAAGUCAGACUGAAAGUACUUGAUUCAAAAGCAUGUACGCCAAAACCGAAUGCAGCCGCUAUUGCUUUGGGGAUCAUUGUGGUUGCAGUUUUCCUGAUUGGCCUGUUUAUUCUGCUUGUUUGGCGCUCAAUAGUGGCAGCGAAAGACAGAUACGACUAUUUAAAAUUUGUGGAAGCUACACAAAAGUCUAAUUUGAGUGGUAUGAACCCAAUUUACAAGCCGGCCACAAGGACAUACUAUGUGCCUCAAGGCUUUGAAGAGCCUCAAGAGCCGUCAACGCCGGCAGUGGUAACUCCAACCUCACCCUCUAUGAAGAAAAACUUUUAAUUCAAAAUCAAAAUUGGAGUAAUAUUUAAUAAAAGAUCAAAAUUAUUAAAAAAAGUUUUAAUCAGU